CAUUCUGAUUUACGAUUAAUAUAUUACCUAAUUAGAGUUUCAGAGAGGACUUUGUUCCUUCAACAGGUUGUGAGAAGAUAUAUUUUGGGCUCUGUGGUUGACAGUGAGAAGAAUUAUGUGGAUGCCCUCAAAAGAAUCCUGGAGCAAUAUGAGAAGCCUCUUUCAGAAAUGGAACCAAAAUUACUGAGUGAAAGAAAACUCAAAAUGGUCUUUUAUCGAGUUAAGGAGAUUCUUCAGUGCCAUUCGAUGUUUCAGAUAGCCCUGGCCAGUCGUGUCUCUGAGUGGGAUUCUGUUGAAAUGAUUGGCGAUGUCUUUGUGGCUUCAUUUUCUAAAUCUAUGGUGUUGGAUGCAUACAGUGAAUAUGUAAACAACUUCAGUACGGCAGUGGGGAUUCUCAAGAAAACAUGUGCCACCAAACCUGCCUUUCUAGAUUUUCUAAAACAGUGUCAGGAGUCGAGCCCUGAUCGAAUCACACUGUAUGGUUUAAUGAUGAAACCUAUCCAGCGUUUUCCACAGUUCAUUCUGCUAUUGCAGGAUAUGUUGAAGAAUACUAAUAAAGGACAUCCUGAUAGGUUACCUCUACAGAUGGCUCUUACAGAACUUGAAACACUGGCAGAGAAGUUAAAUGAAAGGAAAAGGGAUGCAGAUCAGCGCUGUGAAAUAAAACAAAUAGCAAAAGCAAUGAAUGAACGUUAUCUGAACAAGCUACUUAGCAGUGGAAACAGAUACCUCAUACGGACUGAUGAUAUGAUUGAAACAGUUUAUAAUGACAAGGGAGAAAUAGUCAAAACCAAAGAACGACGACUUUUCAUGUUAAAUGACGUGUUGAUGUGCGCAACCGUAAAUGUGCGCUCUUCCUACGAAAGCAGUGGCAUUGUGACAACUGGGCAGAGAUACUUACUGAAGUGGAGCGUGCCCCUGGGGCAGGUGGAAGUCAUAGAGUACGGCAGCAGCGAGGGCCAAGGGGAGAACUGCAGGUUUCCACCUCCGCACUCUACUGAGAGCAUCAUUAACUCCAAGCCGAACAAGCUGUAUAUGGGCCCAGGGCAACUGUACCAUGAUCUGCAGAACCUCUUGCAUGAUUUGAAUGUAGUUGGCCAAAUUAGUCAAUUAAUAGUCAGCCUUAAAGGAAACUACCAGAAUUUGAACCAAUCAGUAGCCCAUGACUGGACAUCAGGCUUACAAAAACUGAUCCUGAAAAAAGAAGAUGAAAUUAGAGCUGCAGAUCGCUGUAGAAUCCAGCUACAACUUCCAGGAAAGCAGGACAAGUCUGGGCGGCCUACUUUCUUUACAGCUGUGUUCAAUACAUUUACCCCUGCAAUCAAACAGUCUUGGAUCAACAAUUUACAAAUGGCUAAGCUGGCCCUUGCGGAGGAUAACCUGUUAGGUUGGUUCUGUGUAGAAGAGGAUGGGAAUCAGAUCAAAAAGGAGAAACAUCCUCUUCUUGUUAGACACAUGCCAGUGAUGAUGGCCAAACAACAAGAGUUUAAGAUUGAGUGUGCUGCCUAUAAUCCUGAGCCUUACCUGUCUGGAGAUACUGAGUCGGAUUUCUGCUCCAUGGAACAUGGCUUUCUUUGGAUUGGCAGUUGUACAAAUCAGAUGGGCCAGAUUGCAAUACUGUCGUUUCAAAAUUCCAGCCCCAAGGUUAUUGAAUGCUUCAAUGUGGAAUCACGGAUUCUCUGCAUGGUCUACAUACCAGAGGAGGAGAAAUCAAAACAGUUAAACACGGUUCCUGGCUCUGAAAAUGGCCUUACAAAAGCUUCUAAUGUGCCUACCAUUUGCCUUGGCAUGGAAGAAGGAAGCAUAUCUAUUUACAAAAGUUGCCAAGGCUCAAAGAAAAUUCGACUUCAACACUUUUUUGCCCCUGAAAAAUCAACUGUUAUGAGCUUAACAUAUAUGUCUCAGUACUUGUUUGCUGGCUUGGUAAAUGGGAACAUCGCAGUCUACACGAAAGCAGAAGAUGGAGCGUGGAAUACAGAACCUCAGAAGAUAGUGAAAUUGGGCGUUUUGCCUGUUAGAAGCCUGCUGGUGAUGGAAGAUACCAUUUGGGCUGCAUGUGGUGGACAAAUAUUCCUAAUCAGUACUGUGACACAUGCCAUAGAGAGCCAGUUUGAAGCGCACCAAGAGGAAGGGAUGGUGAUCUCCCACAUGGCUGUUGCUGGUGUGGGCAUCUGGAUCGCCUUCACAUCUGGAUCUACCCUUCGCCUCUUCCACACGGAGACCCUGAAACACCUCCAGGACAUUAACAUUGCCACCCCUGUUCACAAUAUGUUGCCAGGGCAGCAGCGGGUUUCGGUGACCAGCCUCCUGGUGUGCCACGGCUUGCUCCUGAUCGGAACCAACCUGGGAAUCAUCGUAGCCUUGCCCGUGCCUCGCCUGCAGGGCAUUCCCAAAGUAACUGGAAGAGGAAUGGUGUCAUAUCAUGCACAUAACGGCCCAGUCAAGUUUCUUGUAAUGGCUGCAGGUGUAAGCAAGAAAAACAAGCACAAGUCGAGGAGCAGUCGGCCUCCUAGCUCCGAGUCCAAAGAGGAGGAGCAAAAGCCCGUUCUGCACAACGAGCGACCAGGUUCUUCCCUGAGCAACGCUGCAGUUUGGCUGGGGGGCUCAGCAGGAUCCAUUACACAGAAAAGUGACUUGUCGUCAUCUUCCGGAUCCCUGACUUUGUCCCACGGAUCGAGUUCCCUAGAACACAGGCCCGAGGACAGCAACAUUUACGAGCUUUUGAAGGAUCAAAAUAUCUCACUUAGAAGUAAAAGACAGAGAUCCAAGAAAAUGAGAGCAAGUUCGGUAUUAGUCAUUUCUGGUGGUCAAGGACACAGAAGGGUGAACAAGAAGACCAAACAGCAGCGACAAGAUGAACUAGUGUCUUCAGUGAUGGUUUGGCAAAUCCCACUAUUAAAUAUCUGAGUGAAUUAAAUCCAAGGUACUUUGUCAUAUUA